AUGGAGGGACUUGGGCAUGGACGCAGCUCAACUGGAUACGCAAAGGAAGAAGGAGAAGCCAUCUUGAAGACCAGCUCGACCAACCGGUCGAGUUCCUCAACUCGACCGGCCAAGCUUCAACUCGAUCGAGCUGAGAAGUCAAAGUCAAACCCGAAAAAUGUUGCUUCCCCCUUGACUUCCUUUGACCCUAAACCUAAUCCUCUUGCGAUUCUCCACAUGGAAGUGAUGGAAAUCGCUGGAAAAGAUCCACUAAGAGCUCCAAUAUCUCUUGCUCUAGAAAUGGAGGUGUAUGCGAACUCGAUCGAGUCGGUCUACAGAAGACUUGGUCGAGCUAGACUUACAACGGGUAGAAAGAGGGUUCAGAGGUCACAGAGGGUACAAGAGGAACCUGAGGUGCUUGUUGCUGAUACAAUGGAUGUACCAGAGGGGAAUGGAAACCCUUUGGGCAAUGGACUCGGUCGAGCUAGGCAAACUCGACCGAUUGGUCAAGGAGAUGCUCCAAACCGCCACCAACAGAGACAAGGGAUUGUUCCACCACCAGUGCAGAACCACAACUUUGAGAUCAAGCUGGGAAUGAUCAACCUUGUCCAGAACAAGAUGUUCCAUGGAUUGCCAAGUGAAGACCCCAUUGACCACCUUGAUGAGUUUGAUAGGCUUUGUGAUUUGACAAAGAUCAAUGGUGUCUCUGAAGAUGCCAUCAAGCUGAGACUCUUUCCUAUGUCUCUAGCUGACAAAGCUCACCAAUGGGAGAAGAGCUUGCCCCAUGGCACAAUCACCACUUGGGAUGAAUGCAAGAAGGCCUUUCUUGCUAAGUUUUUCUCCACCGGUCGCACAGCCAAGCUUAGAGGAGAGAUAUCCAGCUUCAUCCAGCGAAACAAUGAGACAUUCGCAGAGGCUUGGGAGAGGUUCAAAGGCUACACAAGUCAGUGCCCACACCAUGGAUUCAACAAUGAAUCACUACUCUCCACUCUUUAUAGAGGAUGCUUGCCUAGGUAUAGGGAGAUGCUAGACACAGCUAGCAAUGGGAACUUCCUCAACCAGGAUGUAGAUGAUGGCUGGCAACUUGUGGAGAACAUAGCUAACUCAAAUGGAAGCUAUGGAGAAGAGUAUGAUCGCACCAACCGGAGCUCGACCCACCACUCGAUCGAGUCAGACGAAAAGUUGAGAAAAGAUGUUAAGGCAUUGAAUGAGAAGUUGGAUAAGCUGAUCCUAGCUCAGUCCACAAUGAAGAAAGUCAACUUUGUGUCUGCUGAGGAGAUGGAACCAGUCCAAGAAGGGGAGGAUACACAAUUUGCUGAGGUGUGCUACAUGAGCAAUGGGCAAGGAGGUUACAACAAAGGAUACUAUAAUUACAAGUCCAACCCUGCCAUGUCAUACCGCAACACUGAUGUUGCUAACCCUCAGGACCAAGUCUAUCCUCAACAACAAGCAGCUCGAUCGAGUCAAGCCACAACAUGGGUAUGGUCAAAAGAACAAUUACCAAGGACCACAAGGCACUUUCCCUGGACAACAAAUGAAUAUCCCACCAGGCUUCCCCCACCAACCGCCCCAGCCUGCACCUUCACAAGAGAAUGA